CACAACUGCAGAGACUAGUCUCUCGAGUCGAGAUUCAAACUCAUGACCUUUGAUUAAUAGCAACCUUUUUGCGAUUUUUCUCUGGGCUUAGGCUGAAACACCAUUUUUCAGCCCAUAAAUCAUAGGCCCAUACCCUAACUAACGUAGGAUAAGAUUUCACUGGCUAAACUUGCGUUACAAUUUACAAACACCAUGGCAGUAGCAGCAAGUUCUACCUUCUCAUCCUCACUAUCAACGGUAUGUACCUUACAAAACCGCCAUGCAUCACAACCCACAACCUUUUUAGGCAUUCCCCUAUGUCAGAAAACGUUCCUCAGUAACAAAAAAUCACCACACAAGUUUUUAACAGUGGCAGUGACCAAAGGCUCAGCAGAGUCAAGUAAAUCCGAUGAAAAAAUCCCUUCAUGGGCUAAGCCUGACUCAGAAGAACCUCCUCCAUGGGCUCAAAAUGAAGCCCAAAACAAACCCUCUUCUUCUGAACAACAAGGAUUUGUUAUUCCGUUUUAUGUUUAUUUACUUGCCUCUGCUAUCACUGCAAUUGCCGCUAUAGGUUCGAUAUUUGAGUAUGUGAAUCAAAAGCCAGUGUUUGGAGUUUUGAGCUCUGAUAGUGUUUUCUAUGCUCCUUUGCUUGGUUUUUUCGCCUUCACCGGCGUUCCAACUUCGGCUUUCUUGUGGUUCAAGUCUGUACAAGCAGCCAACAAGGAAGCUGAGGAACAAGACAAGAGGGAUGGUUAUUAAUAAUUAUAGAGUACCUUUUUUGUUGCUUUAUCCGCGUAAGUCAUAUGGAAAUUGCAUAUAAUGCUAUGUUGUAAGUAAGAGUCUAUUGUGAAUAUUCAUGUCUCUCAUAUGAAUGAAUAUCAAUGAUUAAAAUCUCACUUUGCUCAAUGAAAUUGUAAGGGUGUGUCAAGUUAGUCUAAUUCACUUUAUCGAAACUCUAAGUUAGUUCUUGAAAUUGCAAAACAUUGUCAAGUCGAUCUAUCUAUUUGCUGGUGUUAGUUAACAGAGUAAGCGGUGUUAAUGUGGUUCAUUGUCAAGGCACUUAACAUGGGACACAUGUGCACAACCAAAUACUUAGCGUGCUUCAUUAGCGCCCCUAACUCUUUUAACUAACAUGGUGCAAAAUUGGUGGUUAGAAUUAUAUUAUUGACAUUAAAGUAGGUAGUGGAUGUUGAACCAUCUGCAAUUCCUUGGUUUUCCUUACAUAAUGGUCGGUUCAUGUAUUGGGUCUUCGGGAUGAACUCCUGGACUAGAUUUUGAUCCAUAUCAUUCUCCUUUAUUUGAUUAGGACUCAUCCUCAAAUCAAGUUAUGAUUCAUUGUCAAA